CUAAGAACACACAGUGAUGCUCUGCAGUGAAGAAGAGGAGUCAGGAUCCUUAGUAAACAGUCUUGGUAACAGGAGGUAAAAAAACUUAAAUCUUAUUAAUCUUUAUUUUCCUCUGACGAACAGAACCUGACAUUUAAUCCGUUCUGAAAUAAACGCGCCUGCAGGAGGAUCCGGUGUUUGUGACGCGUCUCCGCAGGGACGUCCAGGCGCUAGCUCCUCUGCUAGCUGCUAGCUGCUCUGCUAGCUGCUAGCUGGUAGCUCCUCUGCUAGCUCCUAGCUGCUAGCUGCUCUGCUAGCGGCUCCGGGAGCGUGUUUCCUCCCGGUUCCUCUCACAUGUCCCCGGUCUCCAGUCUCCGGUCCCCGGUCUCCGGUCCCGCCUGCAGACAUGGAGAGUUUGUACAAGCGGAAGAUGUUCGCGUCGAUGCGGAAAACCAAAGUGGACGCGUCGAAGAAGCGUCAGAUCGGCCUGCCCGCCUCCAUCCUGGACGACAGUGACGAAGGCUCCUUCUCCUCCUCCUCCUCCUCCUCCUGCUCCUCCGGAUCCCAGUCCGACUUCCAGAGCUCCCCGGAGGAGGACAGCGAGCAGGGCCGCCGGGACCGCAGCGAGUCCGGGGCGAGCUCCAGCGACCACAGCCGCUCCGUGACCCGCAGGAAGCGCUCGUUCCUGGGGGGCGACGACAGCUCCUCGUCCUCCAGCACCGGAGAGGAGGAGGAGGACAAGAAGAAGAAGGACAAGAAGGACAAGAAGAAGGAGGACAGGAGCCAGCCCAAGAGGAAGGUGCAGCCCAGGAAGAGGAGCAGGCUGCAGCGGCCGGACGAGUCCGACUCCGACCAUGUGGAGGAGAAGCGGAGAGAGGAGGAGGAGAAGGAGAAGAGGAGAGAGGAGGAGGAGAAGGAGAAGGAGAAGAGGAGGCAGAGACACAACAAGCUGCUGGCGCUGUCCCGGAGGAUGAAGGCCCGGGUGCCCACCCGGAGGAGGACCCGUGUGAAGCAGGGUGACACUGAUGAAGAGGAGGAUGAGUCCCCUGGUGAGGAACAUCAGGACGGAGGAGAACACAGCAGCAAGAGAGAGUUGACAGGAGGCAGGGAGGAGAAGAAGAGGAAACGGGAAGAAGAGGAGGAAGAACAGCAGGAUGAGAAGGAGGAAGAGGAAGAACAGCAGGAUGAGAACGAGGAAGAGGAGGAGAACAAGGGAAAGAAGUAGAUCCUGGAGAAAGAAAGAGUUUGAAUGUGAAGGACUCAGAAACUGUAGUGAUCUGAAAUGGAUCAUAAUUCUUUUUUUCUUCCUCAGAAUGUCGCAGCACUAAGAAUUGUUGUUACAAGGGUUUUAUGGUCAUAGCUUGUUCCUAUAGCAACAGACAAGAGGAGGAUCUGAGCAGCCUCCGUGGACGAUGAAGAGGAGAGACACUCUUCAUCUCUGCUGCUGAUCUACUGACACAUGUCCGGCCAAAACUAGUUCAACUUAAAGCAAAGUGAUGUAACAGUUACUGAGCAGCAGCGCCCCCUGCAGCCCUACAUGCAGCCCUACAUGCUAACCUCUGUCUGACGUCGGCCCGUCUCAGUGAGUCGACUCUGACUCCUCCCACUGAACUGAAACACAGCUGAUGCUGACUCACCUUCUCCUUCUGUGGACUUUGCUUUUACUGAGAAAGAGAAAGUCGUUCAUAGACUGUUUCCGUGACAACAAAAGGAGAGACAUCAAACAAGUCCCAGAGUGCGUUGCAGAACGAAACCUCCAAUCAGAAAGCUUUGCAGCUCUGAUGUCACAGGCUGCAGAUGGACAGUGGCCGCUGAGGCUUGUGGGAGCUGUAGUAUUCAGAGACAGUCCAUAUACCCAGAGUUCAGAUGCUUCUCUGCUUUCUUUUCUUCGUCUUCAUUUGAACUACAGAUUAAAUUGUACUCGGCUCAGCAGAUAGUUUUACAUUUUCUUUUCGUCAGCAGAGGAUUUAAACUCCAUCUAAUCAACACUUCACAUUUUCUUGUACACUCGCCUUUUCUCCGUUAUAGUUUAAAACCAGCAAAGUGUCUCUGUGUUUUGCGAGUUUUGUCCAUCGCUGCUUUAAGUUAUAUGAAUGAGAAUGAAGUGGAUAUGUUUUGGACUGUUGGUCUAAAACCAGAGAUUUGAAGACAAAGAUAUUUGACAUUUCAUAAUCUAGAAGAUUAAUAUAAACAUCUGAUGUGUCUGAGAGCUAAAACUCUACAGGAGUUUGACCUCAGCUCAAACGUUGUAAAAUUGUGUGUUGUAAAGAAAAUGAAUGAAGACCUGCGAUGUGGUUUAAAGAUCAACUGCAUUAAAGAGCAGAAAGAAAUAAUCUUUUAAACCCAUAUUGAUCCAAAUCUCUCCUUUUAUCUUCAUCACUGACCACACACAGCUGAGAGGAAACCUGGACAGAACUAUCAAAAGAAGAUUCAGACUCAAAGAAACCAUACCAGUGAUUUUUUUUAAGUGAAUGUCAUGUUAGUUUGUCACAAGAAGACAUUGUGUGUCCUGGGAAGUUCAAACUUCUUUUUGUUUCAUUUCUUUUACGUUACAGUGACGCAUCAUGUGCUCAUGUACAAACUCAUCCGAAGUUUGGUCUUUCUUCCUUCCCCUCUUUCCUGCUCCUCUUUAAUCUGAGCUUCAUCCCUCGCUCCUCAGUCUGUGUCUCCAAGGACGAGCUCACCAGUUUGUUACAGAGCAGGAAGAAGCUGCAGGUUCCUGAGCCUCAGAGCUUUGUUUCCCAGGAUCAUGAUGACACGCGUAUGUAUCAUGGUUACAUAUCAGUGCUGUGUAUUUCCCAGUGUAUCCUGGACUUGUUACUGUGUAAUGCUCUUCAGAUCAAACCUGUUCUGUGGAAAACAUCGGUUUUAUUAAUAAAGUUUCCUUUUUAAAGGUUAUUUGUUGAAAAUCCUCACAUCUUCACUUGUAGCCGAUGACGAUGAUUCCCAUGUUCACUUUGUGAAACCUGAUCUACGAGCUGUCGCCUCACACACGGAUGUUUAUGCAAAUUCCAUCUUUCUCUCUUUCUCGCUCAAAUCUUUGUGAACAAAACAAUGAAGAGUGAAAUAAAUAUUCAUUUGAAAUUA